AUGGUCUUCAACAGCGUCCGAGGCUCCGUCGAAUUAUAUCGUCCCUCUCAUCAUCAUGCCUAUUCCAACAGUAACGGCAUGAUGGUUCAACCUCCUUUCAUGCUUCCUCAUCAUGACUGGAUCAAUGAUCAUCAAAAUUCUUCCGGAAAUGGAAAUCAUAUGGAAGAAGAAUCGUUCAAUAUGAUCGGAAGAAUUUGGAUUAAAUUAGUGGAAGCGAGAAGGUUGAUUGCUGCAGAUGUGAAUGGAAAAAGUGAUCCGUAUUGUGUGUUAAUGGUGGAAAAUAUUCAGCAAAAAUCGAGAGUAAUUUAUCAGAAUUUAGAUCCGAUUUGGAAUGAAGAAUUUUGUUUUGAUUUAACUGAUACGAAACAAGAAUUAGUGGUUUAUGUCAUGGAUGAAGAUACCAUUGGAACGGAUGAUUUUCUUGGUUUCGUUGAAAUACCCAUACACGCCAUUGUUGAUAGCAAAACAGAUAUCACAGACAAGUGGUACAAACUCAAAUCAAAAAGUCUCACUCACAAAGUCACAGGUGAAAUUCAUUUACAACUCAAAUUCUUAUCCAAGAAUAUUUUACUUUCAAAUUCUGCCUUCUCACCUCUUUCUAACAACUCCUCUGACAUGAACAAUUAUGCCAACACCAUGUGGGGAUCUGCUGAAGAUAAUGAAAUUCAAAGUAGUCUUGGAGAUAUUUUUUCUGUGGAACGCAUGAUCAAAGAUAUUCACUCGGCUGGUUAUCUUCAUUCCUUUAUGAAAGAUGAAUUGUGUGAAGAAAGUUUAGAAUUUAUUUAUGCCGUGAAUCAAUACAGAAAAGUCUACAAACAAAUUGUAUCUCGAAUGGACAAGUCGACACCAUUCAACACUCUCGUCGAUGAUAAAUUGAGAGAUUUGAAACAUAUGGCCACUUCGAUUUAUGAACGAUUCAUUCGACCCUAUGGACCUCAAGAAAUUAAUUUACCUUGGGAAAUACGUGAAAAUUUGCAAGAACUUUUUGAAAAGAAAAUUUCACAAACCAUGUCAUCAUCCUUGUCCUCCUUGGUCACGUUGGACAUUUUCAAUCAAGCUCAUUCCUAUAUUUUGAACAUGAUCCAAAAUGAUGUCUUUCCAAGAUUUUUAUGUUCUGUACAUUUUACCAAUUGGAGCUACUCAUUGGAUUGGGCCAUUAAAUUUAAAAUCAUGAUGGAAGAGAAGAGAAAGAAACAAAGUUUAUCCUAUCUUGUCGAAUUGAUGGAUGAGAAGAGUUUGAAUUUUCUUAAAAAGAGAAUUGCUCAGCGAGAAAAGAAGAGUAAAUUUCAAAAUACUGUGCGAGACGCGACUAACAAUGCUGAAUCUGAUGAAGAAGGAGUGUUGGAUGAUUUGAAUUUGAGUGAAUAUCAUACUUCGAAAUAUCUUUCUGAACCUUCUCACACUGUAACAACAUCACUCGUGGAGAGUAAUCAAUAG